AUGAAAGCCGUUCAAAUCCUAGGCAGUCAAAAUGAUCACCGCAUCAUUCUAUCAGACACCCUGCCUCGGCCAUCUCCCACCGGACAACAGGUUCUUAUCAAGGUUCAUGCCGCUGGAAUCACGGCGGACGAAGUCAUUUGGCCUGAGCUAUAUGCUUCUUCGAACAGAGUUCCAGGACAUGACAUAUCCGGCACAGUCGAUGCCCUCGGGCCUCAGUACAGUGGACCGCUCUCUGUUGGGCAAAGCGUUUAUGCAAUGAUUGAUGCAGACGCUCCGCAGGGAGGCCAGUCAGAAUACGCCAUUGCUAUGCCAAAUGAGAUAGCCGUCAAACCCUCAUCCAUUUCUCAUGCGGAAGCAUCAGCCCUUCCAAUCCCGGCAUUGACGGCUUGGGAAGCAAUCUUCAAACGCGCGAAUCUGGACAAAGGCAGCAAAAUUCUUGUAACAGGGGCUUCAGGAGCUGUUGGUGUCAUGUUGGUGCAGAUGGCGAAGAAGCUUCUUAAUGCAGAGGUCAUUGGCCUAGCUUCUUCUUCAAACCACGCUAUGUUGGCAGAGUUAGGGGCAGAUCAGGUCUUGGACUACAACAAUACUAAUUGGCACGAUGAGAUUCACGGCGUGGAUGCAGUUUUUGAUACCGUUGGAGGGGAAACAUUGACCAAGACCUGGAGUACAGUGAAAGAGACUGGCAUCAUCGUAACAGUAGGGGACCCAGCCCCAGCAUGGGCUUUCGACAGGGGACAGCCUGAAGAAUUACAGAAGCAUCCGGAAGUUCGGUGGUUACACUUUAUUGUUUCUCCCGACGGCGAUACUCUUUCUAAGGUAGCCUCACUUAUAGACGAUGGUACUCUGAAGCCCAUUCCUGCUGUAGCCUUUGAAGUGGAAGAAGCGGUGGAGGCCUGGAAAUUUGCAGCACAAAGAGGCAGGAAAGGAAAAGCGGUGAUCAAAUUCGUCGCUGGAAAAUAA